UGUCAGUGUUGGCGAGUUUUUGUAAGCCAAACUAAACGAAAUUGUUUUUCCUGUUUGCUUGGUUUUAGCUAUUUUUAGCUAUAACGGAUUCUAGCUAAAACUUGACCAACACUGGCAGCGUCAUGGUGUUCGACGAGGAGGAGGAGCAACAGAAGGGGGAAAAGGAUCUUGAUCAGAUCCAGGAAUCCGACUGCUGUGGCAAUGGCUGCACCAACUGCAUCCUGGACAACAAGCCCCAGCCGAGCAAGCGCAUCCUGCUGGCCGGCAAGCGGAACAUUCUCUUGACUUACACGAAAUUCCGUUUAAUUGAGAAGGCAACCCACCAAACCGAUGACCAGGUGCUGCUCCUCCACUUUGCAGAUGCUGGCGACGACGUCGCCGAGGACACCGUGCUGGACAUUCCGCCCGGUCACCAUGUAAUGCUGCGUAUGGGCUCCCUGCUGCGUCCCUACUCCCCCUACUGGAGCGAUUUCCGGCGGCGAGAGUUUCGGAUUCUGGUGAAACUGCAGCCGGGUGGACCCAUGUCCCGGCACUUGGCUGCCGUGCAGCCCAACGAUUUGCUCGAGUUCCGUGGUCCCAUUGGGAACUAUACCAAUGACCCCAGCCUGACCAAGUGCAUCUUUAUCGUGGCCCAAGGUGUGGCCAUUGCACCCACAAUGCCGCUAGUUCGGGACGUGCUGGAGAACGAGGAGGACAUGAGUCGCAUCUGGCACUUGGUAUGCGCCCGGGAUCUGGAGCAUGUCUUUUUCCGCGAGAAGCUGCUGGAAUUUGGCCACAGCUGGAACUACAGGUGCUGUCUCUAUCUGCCCCACCAACAGUGUGAUUCCCCCGGCUGCCAGGAGGCGGGUCACUGCGUUGCAGAGUGCCAGGAACUCAGACGGAGUCUACGCUACAAGGAGGUGGCCAAGGUUGCCCGAUUGGAUGCCAUCGAGUUAGCCAGUCACAUGAAUCCCAGUAUUCCUGGACAGCGAACCCUCAUUGUGGCAGGAGAUUCAACCUUCCAAAAGGCUAUACAGGAAGUGGCAGCCACUGCCUUGGCCAUAGAUCCUGCCCAUGUUUAUUUGCUGUGAUUUCCAAGGACCCUAAAGUCAUGGAAGUCAAGCAAAACUCUUGGCUUUAAGUUUAAAUUUAGGAAAUUUGUAAAUAAAAACUAAUUACUUUUUAUAAAAAAAAAUAUA